GGGAAAUUGCAUCGGCCUGUUUUCCACAAGGUUCAUGAAUGCAAAAUGAAGCUAUUUCUCCUAAACUGCUUGCUGUUUUCUUGCUGUUGGCAAGCUGGGGCAGUGAACCGUGAGUACUACUUGGGCAUUACAGAGACUGUGUGGAACUACGCGCCCGGCAAUGCCAACGCCGUCUCGGGGCAGCUUUUUGCAGAAGAAGAGCAGGCUGAAGUCUUUCUCAAAAGAGGACCACAUAGGAUAGGAAGCACUUACAAGAAGGCUGUCUACACUCAGUACACCAAUCAUUUAUAUGAUGUGAUAGUUGACAAACCUUCCUGGCUGGGUUUUUUAGGUCCUAUAAUUAAAGGAGAAGUUGGCGAUUCCAUUACUGUCCACUUGAAAAACUUUGCUUCAAGAAACUACACACUGCAUCCACAUGGUGUAAGAUACACAAAAGAAAAUGAAGGUGCUUUUUAUCCUGACAACACCAAAGAUUUGCAAAAGAGAGACGAUGCUGUGGAGCCUGGAGGCCAGUACACUUACAUAUGGGACGUGACAGAAGAUCAAGGUCCAGCUCCAGGAGAUGCAGACUGCAUAACCAGGGCUUACCACUCCCACAUAGAUGCUCCAAGAGAUGUUGCCUCAGGGCUUGUUGGGCCUUUAAUAAUUUGCAGGAAAGGUACAAUGAAUAGGGACAGUGAUCAACACUUUGAUGCUGAAUUUAUCCUUAUGUUUUCCGUGAUGGAUGAAAAUCUCAGUUGGUAUCUAGAGGAAAAUAUCAGAACAUACUGUUCUGAGCCUUCCGAAGUGGACAAAGACGAUGAGGACUUCCAAGAAAGCAAUAAAAUGCACUCCAUCAAUGGGUACAUGUAUGGAUACCUACCAAACCUCACGAUGUGUGUGGAAGAUAAGGUAAAAUGGCAUCUUUUUGGCAUGGGUAAUGAAGCUGAUAUCCAUUCAGCAUACUUUCAUGGACAGACCUUAAUAGAAAGGCAUCAUCGAGUUGACACCAUCAGCCUCUUCCCAGCCACAUUCGUUGAUGCUGUCAUGACACCAAGGAGCCCUGGGGAAUGGCUGCUUAGCUGCCAAGUGAAUGACCACAUUGAAGGUGGUAUGCAGGCCCUUUUUAAAGUAAAAGACUGUAAGAAAUCCACACCAGCUCACAAUGAGAGUACAAAGAUAAGACAGUAUUUCAUUGCUGCUGAGGAGAUCAUCUGGAAUUAUGGCCCAUCGGCGAUGAACCAUUUUACAGGACAAGAAUUAAUCAUUGACAGUGAAUCUCGCAUCUUUUUUGAACAAAGUGAGACAAGAAUUGGUGGCUCUUAUAAAAAAGCAAUUUACAAAGAGUACACAGAUGGUUCUUUUACUGAACAUAAAAAAAGACUCGCAGAGGAAGCACAUCUUGGACUCUUAGGACCUGUUAUCAAGGCUGAAGUGGGCGAGCGCAUCAGGGUGACCUUCCGGAACAACGCCAGCCGCCCGUUCAGCAUCCAGGCCCACGGAGUGAGUUACGGCCGGAGCAUGGCAGGGACACGCUAUGGCCCCCUGCCCAGAGGUACCGAAUCUCCAGCCUCUCACGUGAGUCCUGGUGCUACGUUUACGUAUGAGUGGAAUGUGCCAGAAGAUGUGGGUCCCACAGACCAAGACCCAGACUGUUUAACCUGGCUUUAUUACUCAGCUGUGGAUGCAGUCAGAGACACCAGUUCUGGCCUUGUGGGUCCUCUCCUGGUGUGCAGGAAAGGAGCUCUUCUUUCUUCUGGGAAACAGAAAAAUGUGAAUGUGGAGUUUUUUCUACUUGCCACAGUAUUUGAUGAGAAUCUGAGCUGGUACUUGGAUGACAAUAUUUUGAUGUUUACAUUAAAUCCUGAUAAAACUGACAAAGAUGAUGAAGAUUUCCAAGAAUCUAACAAAAUGCACUCCAUUAAUGGUUAUAUGUAUGGAAAUCAGCCUGGUCUUGAGAUGUGUAAAGGAAGUGUGGUUUCUUGGCAUUUGAUGGGCUUGGGUUCAGAAGUUGAUGUCCAUGGGAUAUACUUCUCAGAAAACACAUUUGUAACUAAAGGAACAAGAAGGGAUACAGCAAAUCUGUUUCCACAUACAGUUCUUACAGCUAUUAUGAACCCUGAUUCUGAAGGAAUUUUUGAAGUGUCCUGCCUGACAACAGACCACUACACUGGAGGCAUGAAACAGAACUACAAAGUGAAACAAUGCCACUGGUGGAAUGUAGAUCCAUCUCUGUAUUUGCAUGAAAAGACUUACUACAUUGCUGCAGUGGAAGUUGAAUGGGACUAUUCUCCCAACAGGACAUGGGAAUUUGAACGGCAUCAACACCAUGAGGAAAGCCCUGGCAAUCCAUUUUUAAAUAAAAAUGACAAAUUCAUUGGCUCAAAAUACAAAAAGGUUGUAUAUCGUGAAUACACUGAUCAGACAUUCAGUACUCCCAAAAACAGAGCAGAGGAGCAGCAGCACCUGGAAAUUCAAGGGCCACUGCUUAUGUCAAAUAUCGGAGAUAAAAUUAUAAUAGUUUUUAAGAACUUAGCAUCAAGACCUUAUUCUAUCCAUGCCCACGGAGUGAAAACAGACAGUUCUGCUAUUGCUGUAACUAACCCAGGUGAAACAAAAACCUAUGUCUGGAAAAUCCCAGAGAGAUCUAGUCCUGAGAGAGGAGAUCCACAUUGCAUUGCAUGGGCAUACCAUUCAACAGUGGACAUCAUUAAGGACACUUACAGUGGAUUAAUAGGCACACUUGUUGUGUGUCAUAGACAUUAUCUGCCAUCAUUUCAUACUAAAAAGAAAGUUCAAUUUGCUCUUCUUUUUAUGGUUUUCGAUGAAAAUGAAUCAUGGUACUUGGAUGAAAACAUUAAAACCUAUUCUGCCAACCCACAUCUUGUUGACAAAGAGGAUGAGGACUUCCUUGAAAGUAAUAAAAUGCAUGCCAUUAAUGGAAAGGUGUUUGGAAAUCUGCAUGGCCUGACUAUGCAUGUUGGAGAUAAAGUCAGCUGGUAUCUGGUGGGAAUGGGCAAUGAGAUAGACAUUCACACAGCACACUUCCAUGGCCACAGCUUUGACUACAAGCAAACAGGGAUUUACCGGGCAGAUGUCUUUGACCUGUUCCCUGGGACAUUUCAAACUGUGGAAAUGACUCCACAGAACCCUGGAACCUGGCUGUUACACUGUCACGUUACUGACCACAUCCACGCAGGCAUGGAAACAACCUACACUGUGCUCCCAAAGGAAGGUAAGAGGGUCUUUGUUCCCAAGAUUAUUCCAUCAGUUCAAGUGUAAAGGCAUGGCAGGCACACAAGAAUGAUGAAAGCAUUUUAACACAGUGGUUCUCCAAGGUCUCUCUUCAGUGAACAUUCUUGGAAAAUAUUCUCUUCUGAUCAACUCAUCUCCACGUAUGUUUUGGAAAAUUUCAUGUAGUGGCCACAGGUACCAAAAGGGCCAUAGACUAAGACAGCUGAAUGGAUAUGACAGCUCAUAAAUGUAUUUUUCUCUAAAUAAAAGUUGUAUCUUGCAAGCUAAACAUA